AAUUUUUUUAGCCCUAAUUCUCAAAUACCUCACAAUCUUAAAUCCAAUUUCAGUAAACCAUUAAUUCGUGACUGUAAAAUGAAUCAAUUCGAAAAUACAAAACCCUAAUUUGAGCUGUUUCGGAUGGAGAUCUCACCUAAUUUGGAAAUGAAACCCCGCGUUCGCCGGCGAUUAAUUCAAUCAACGUUGUUUCCGCAUAAGCCUCAAAACGAUGUCGUUUGUUUAGACGAAGAUGUUAUUAUUGAAGCCAAUGUUGAUCAGGAACAUGAUGAAGAUGAUUGUAGAAGUCAGAAGAAAUUAAAAAGGCGAAAGGCGAAGGGUGCUGCUUCUCAAUCACGAGCUUCUAGAAAGGUUGCUGUUAGUGGAAAUGAGAUUGGGGAAAAGAAAAUUGAGGAAGAAGAUUCUCCCGCUACUGUUAAAGUUGAUUUCUUUGUUAAAGUUUCUGAGAGACGCCAUCAACGGAAACAGCAAAAGGAACAACUAUCUUUCCAUUCACCCGAAAAAGUUGAACAAAUUUGCUCACCUCCGGAUGUCAUUACAAAUUCAAAGAGCCCUGGGAAGCCCAGGAAACGAGCUAGUUCUACACCAAAGAAGCGUCAGGCUAGUGUUACCCCAGAGAAGCGGCAAAUGAACUCCACACGAGCCACUAAUGGUACCCUAAAUGAAGAUCAUUUAGAUAAAAUGCUCGCCAGUCCUCCUAAACCACUUCCGGAUCUACGUUUAGAGGCAAAACUUUCUGCUGAGGAAAACUCACGUAUUUUUGCUGGAAAGCAAGUGCAUCCUUUUUUUUCAUCUUGGAAAACUAGCAAGAAAAACUCUGAGAGUACCGGCACAGCGAAUAAAUGCUUUUAUGCUGAGAGAAAUGAGAGUAACACCGAUUUCAGUCCUGUUCACAUAUUUGAAGAUGUACAGGGUGAAACUUUUUCUGUUGAUUGGAGAAACUGGCCGUUUUCUGAAAGCAUCUCCACAAGGGCUGGUCGAGACCCUGAAGAUGUUUGCUUGCAGCUGAUUAAUGAAGGAUCAGUCAAAUGUUUGCAAUUUGAUAACUUUCAUGAUGUUCUUUCACCUGAAAUAUCACCGUGUCAAAACAGUGAGGUUCGUGAAAUUGGAAAAAUAGGUGGUCUCUCAGCAAACUCUGAAUUUGUGGUGAAUCCGGAUAGUCAGUUGCAGGGUACCUUGCUUGCUGAAAGGACGACAUCAAGUUAUCAAGAUUGUAGCUAUCAGCCUAAGAAUAGCUUAUGGACAACCAAGUAUCAACCUGAAAGGGCCACAGAGAUAUGUGGAAACUGUGACUCUGUGAAGUUUCUUAGUGAAUGGCUACAACAGUGGCACGAGAAAGGUUUAAAGACCAACAAAUGUUCUACUGAUAAUGAUAAUUGGAUCAUGGAAGAUGUUGACCUUAACUACUGUCCAAGUGACUGUGAUUCUGACUGUGCCGAUGAAGGAACUGAUCUAAAGAAUGUUCUUUUAGUUACAGGCCCAGUUGGGAGUGGGAAAUCUGCAGCCAUCUAUGCCUGUGCUAAAGAGCUAGGGUUUCAAGUUAUUGAGGUGAAUACAUCAGAUUGGAGGAAUGGCGCACUUGUCAAGCAAAAGUUUGGGGAAGCUGUAGAAUCACACUGGCUUAAACGCUCUAUGCCCAACAUUAAAAAUCCUGAUAGCAAAAGUCAACUGAAGUCACCUUCAACUACAUGUAAUGUUGAAGAUGUUCAAAGGUCUGCCAACGAUGUUAUUGAGUUGAUACCCUUGUCAGAUGACGAGGAUUCAGAUAAUGUUGGUGGACUGGUUGUGAAGCCAAUCAGCUCUCAAAACGGAACUAAAACCUUGAUCCUAUUUGAAGAUGUGGAUGCAUCUCUAUAUGAAGAUCGUGGUUUUCUUACUACUAUACAACAGCUUGCAGAAACUGCAAAACGACCAAUGAUAUUAACUAGCAACAGUGAUGAUCCUGAUUUACCAAAUAAUUUAGAUAGGAUAGAGGUUAACUUUACAAUACCAUCAUCAAAAGAGCUCCUCAACCUUAUGUACAUGGUUUGCAAAGCAGAGAAGGCUGAAAUCGAGCCCUGCCUGGCAGAACGCUUUAUUGAUUAUUGUCAAGGUGAUAUCCGUAAAACCAUUAUGCUUCUCCAGUUUUGGUGCCAGGGUCAAAAACAGAAAAAAGAUAGUGAAGUAAGGAACAAAUAUGCUCCACUGGUGUUUGAUACUGAUGCUGGGCAUCAUGUUCUACCACAAAUGAUCCCAAGUGGUUACACUUCAAAGCUAUCUGAAAUGAUUGAGAACGAGAUUACAAAGUCAGUUUUGUUGACUGAAAAAGAUGUUAGCUUUAUGGAGAUAAUCGAGGAAGAAGAAGAGGUGGAGCUCAAUGAUACACAUGGUAUCGAAGCGAAAAAGGACGAGAUGCUACGAAGGCACUGUUAUGAUCAGGAUGGAAAUGAUUUUUGUGUCACCACUAAUGAGCUUCCUAGUAUCUCAAACUCCCCUGCUCCAUUCACGCGAAGAACUCUUCAGAAGAAAUAUGACACAGUAAUGUCUUCUGAUUCAGGACAGGGCUGGAGUGAAGAAUUGUUUGAUAUAAAUGAGGAUGUAAGUGCACAAAUUGCUGUUGAAACAAAGAAGUUGAGGAGAAAAUAUAAUGCAAUACUGUCUUCUGAUUCAGAAGAAGACUGCUUCGUUGAUGGUUUAUGUCCACCAAAUGGCUUAUCGGUACAUACGGCAAGUGAUUAUGUAGAGGAAAACUUGGAGGACACUUGCCAUCCAUCUGAAGUACCAUGUGAUUCCAAGAUUAACGGUAUAUGCAAGUCUGAAGAUGUUUCAUGUGUUCCCGAAUCUUCUUAUGUCGCUGAGACAGAAAUGGAGAAUGGAACUGUGAUGUACUCUACUAUGUGUUCUAGUCAGCAUGUUGAUCCUAGAAUAGACGAGUCUCCUUUGAAUACUGACUGUGUAACCACAACUACGGCAGAAGAUAAAGUCCCAGUAGUUAUGGUUAAACAUUUGCAUCUAGAUACUGUAGAGGAAAUUGGAGAUUCUCACAUUGAACCCACAGAAGCUAUGCCAAGAGAAUAUCAAAUGAUGGAUGAAUGUAGUCGAAUAGAUUUCAGUAGGAGAGCUGAAUCCAUCCACGGGUCUGAAAGUGUGGGAUCCACAGAUAUUGUACAAGAAACAUGGAGGAAACUUCGGAACUGCAGCAAGGAAUAUAGUCAAUAUGUCUCCACUGAAGAAAACGACACUUCAGAAGCUUUAGGGCUUGCUUUUGGAAUGACUAAUUUAAUAUCUGAAGCUGAUAUAUUACUUGCUAACUGCCAGUCAUUAACUUGUGAUUACUUAAAACCAUCAAUGGUUUCAAAUGAGAAAUCACAUUCGUACAGCUGGCAUGAUGACCAACUGCAAAUGGCAUCAACAUUUGCCCAGCAUGGCUUCUGCUUAUAUGCAAAAAGAAGUGUUGCUUCAGUAGCAAAUGGUAGAGUUGAUCUGGCUUGGGAGAUGCUGGCAGCAUCAACUAAUGCUAUUUCGUUGGGGAAAUUGAUCUCCCGAGACUAUGGAAAGGUCAAGACUUUGGUAAAUAAAAAGCCGCAAGGUGCAGUCUUUUCAAGAAGCAUGCUUGAGUCACCGGUUUGCAAUACAGUUCAGUCCAUAGUUCCUUUACGAUCACAGUUAUCAUUGAAAGGUUAUGUAUUCCAUGAGUACCUCUCGUCACUAGCCCAGAUUUCAAAAUCAGAAUCUUCACGUUUAUCAGAAGCAGUUAACCAAACUAACAAAAGACGAAAGAGGGUUGCUCGAAAUUACUUGAGUACUGGUGCAUUAUCAUUAUCAAGCGAAGAUAUUUUGUUGCUGGAUAAAUAUAGUUGCCACCAGGAACAGUCACCUGAAACAAAAACAGAAAUUUCAGACUUGUAGGUUUUUUUUUGUGCGAGCUAAGGGUAGAAACAUUAGAAAAUAAAAUAUAGAGUAUAUGGUUGAAGGUUGUUGCAGUGCGGUUUAUUAGACCAGCAGACUGGAGAAAAUUUGCUGAUUUCUUGCUCAUGACAACAUCACAACAGAAGGUUAACUUGUCAUUAUUUAUUUUACUCUUUCUAAAUGUAAUUUGUAAUUUAAAUGUAUGCCGGAGCAACUCCAAAUUAAUACCAAAGUCUUCAUUAUCUUGUGCGUUGUCUAUGUAAUAUCUUCACUAAUUACUAAUAAAGACUUGCCUCUUUGAAGGUCUCAGGUUCAAA